CCACAAACGUAGCUUGCCACUAAUUUCCAGCGCCGCAUUUCUCACUUAGGCUAACCCAGUAAUCAACAAUGGGCGACAACAGUGCCACCACUCACAGCCAGCCAUUGCUGCAAGACAUCAAUGGUGACCAUGUUCGGGUUGCUGAGCUCUCCUCAGAAGCUGUGGAAGAGUUCUUGGUGCUACAUGAUCCUGUGCCUAUGCGAUGGUUGCCAGGGCUUGUUUGUUGGGAGUCUAAACUGCUUUGGUACCUCUCUGGUGCUUCCAUUGCUGUUUCUAUCUUCAAUUUCAUGCUUAGUUUGAUAACCCAGAUGUUCACUGGCCAUUUGGGUGCCUUAGAACUUGCUGGUGCCUCCAUUGCCAAUGUUGGUAUUCAGGGUCUUGCUUAUGGGAUUAUGUUGGGCAUGGCUAGUGCUGUUCAGACUGUGUGUGGCCAGGCUUAUGGAGCAAGGAAGUAUGCUGCCCUGGGAAUUGUUUGCCAGAAAGCCAUAAUCCUGCAUUUGGGAGCAUCUGUCCUCCUAUCCUUCAUCUACUGGUACUCAGGCACGAUCCUCCGAGCAAUCGGUCAGUCAGAUAGCAUAGCAGCACAAGGUCAGAUUUUCGCGCGUGGAUUGCUCCCUCAGCUAUAUGCAUUUGCAAUCUAUUGCCCUAUGCAGAGAUUCCUCCAAGCACAAAAUAUUGUGAACCCCUUAGCUUAUAUAUCUCUUGGGAUCUUCCUUCUACAUGUGCUUCUCACAUGGUUGGCUGUGGAUGUGGUGAAGGUUGGCCUUCUAGGAGCUGCUCUUACAUUGAGUUUGUCUUGGUGGCUACUUGUAUUUGUAACUGGGCUUUAUAUAGUUUUGAGCCCCUCUUGUAAGGAAACUUGGACAGGGUUCUCUAUGAAGGCUUUUAAAGGGUUAUGGUCUUACUUGAAGCUGACACUUGCAUCUGCUGUUAUGCUGUGUUUGGAGAUAUGGUACAACCAGGGAAUUGUGCUUAUAUCAGGACUUCUUUCUGAUCCUACAAUCUCACUUGACUCUAUUUCUAUUUGCAUGAACUACCUAAACUGGGACAUGCAGUUUAUGUUGGGCCUAAGUGCAGCAGCCAGUGUUCGAGUUGGAAAUGAGCUUGGAGCUGGUAAUCCAAAGGUUACGAAAUUCUCAGUGAUUGUUGUCAAUGCAACAAGUAUCUUGAUCAGUAUUGUGUUCAGCGCAUUCGUCAUGAUAUGUCGCACCACACUAAGCAAGGCUUUCACUAGUGAUGAUACAGUUAUUGCAGCAGUUUCAGAUUUGACUCCAUUGCUUGCAAUCUCUGUAUUUCUAAAUGGAAUUCAACCCAUACUCUCAGGAGUUGCCAUUGGGAGUGGAUGGCAAGCUCUAGUUGCUUAUGUUAACCUAAGCACUUACUACAUCAUUGGUCUUCCUAUUGGAUGUGUUCUUGGAUUCAAAACAAGCCUCGGAGUGGCGGGAAUUUGGUGGGGAAUGAUAUUUGGGGUUUUUCUUCAGACAGUAACCCUCAUUAUCUUGACUGCCAGAACAAACUGGACUAAAGAGGUUGAAAAAGCUGCGGAACGCUUAAAGAUGUCGGCGGAUGAAGAAAAACUUGAGUUGGUGGACACCAUUGCAUAACCAACCCUGAGAAAUUUAGCAUAUGUUUCUAUAGAGAGUUGCAAGAAAUCAGCAAGAGAUACAAGUUUUGCCCUUUUCUAGAGUUGGGGGGAGUGGGUGAUUGGAUUCAUGAUCUUUGUAUCUCUGGUCACAAAUUGGAAUAUGUAAUUAAUGUGAGUUUAGAUGAAUUAAUGAGAGUUUAGAUCUUUGCAAGUUC